AUGGCGGAUUCACCACAAUGGAACUCGUAUCCCGGUGUAUGUGACCUACAUGCUGAAGAAUUGACUGAUGAGCACUUGAUUCACACCGAUUAUUGUCGCGUGUGUGGCUAUCAUAGAGAAGAUCAUAUGCAUAUUCUCGAUGAUGACCACGAGAGAAUUACCAAUUUCAAAGAAGAUCCAAUCAAUAACUUCGAUUUUGAUGAUAUACCGAUUGACUCGAAUAAUUCUACUGUACCUGAGCAAGAUCUUCGAGGAUUAAGUAAACAAGAAGCUUCGGAUGCAUUGGAUAAAAUCUGGACACGUUUGCAAAUGGAACAAUUUGCUGAAAGAGAGACAGAAUUAGACGAAUCGUCUCUUAAGCUUCAAGGUCAAACAAUCCGUUGGUAUGAAUGUAUUUAUAGUCAAACAAAACCACCAACUGGUCACAGUUUAUGGAUAUCUAUGCACGGAGGCGGUGGUUGUCCAGCCCCGGACAAUGAUCAGCAGUACCAAAAUCAACAAAAACUCUAUGACCCAAGUGAGGGCAUUUGGGUAGUACCACGAAGUCCAACAGACAGCUGGGACAUGUGGCACCAAGAACAUAUUGAUGCUAUGUUCAAUCGAAUCAUUGAAAACUACAUUAUGGUUAAGGAAAUCAAUCCUAAUCGUGUGUACAUCUUAGGCUAUUCAGCCGGUGGCGAUGGUGUGUAUCAGCUUGCCCCGCGUAUGGCUGAUCGAUUUGCAGCCGCUGCAAUGAUGGCUGGACAUCCAAAUGAUGCUUUACCAUACGGUCUUCGCAAUCUACCAUUUGCCAUUUAUGUCGGUGAAAAUGAUUCGGCGUAUAAUCGGAAUGCGGCUGCACGACAAUGGGCUGAGCAGCUUGAUGGUCUACAAAACGCAGAUCCAAAUGGUUAUAAACAUCACGUGAAUAUAUGUGUUGAUAUGGGUCAUUGGAUGUGUGGUCGAGAUGCUGAAGCAUUGGAAUGGAUGGCACAAUGGGCUCGUAAUCCAUGGCCGAAAAAGAUUGUUUGGGUUCAGGAUAAAGUAUUUCACGAUCGUUUCUAUUGGUUAUCCUUACCUAAUUUGGUUCGAGUGAGGAAAGGUGAAAAAAUUACUGCGGAAAUCAACGAGCAAACCAUUACUAUCACUCUCACUGCAGACAUUCAGCAGCUUGAUGUUUAUCUUUCCGAUUUCUUGCUGAACUUAGAUGAACCGAUCAGUGUUCAGGUCGCUGGUUACGGUCAAGUCUAUCAUGGUCGUGUACCACGUACCGAACGAGCUAUAGAGCAAUCAUUACGUCAUCGUGCCGAUCCAACAUGUGCCGCAUCUGCUAUACUGGAGCUCGCGUGGGCAAAUUUUUAA